UUAACGGAAACAGCAGACGGACAAACUCGAUAUUUCGAUUUCUCGGACGGAGACACGACCAACAGGAGGGAGAGUGAAUUAAAAAACAAAACAAAAAAACAUUUUAUAAUCGAAUACAAACUACAUUUCGAACAAAACCACAUUCUGAAACCGAAAAACAAACCAACCGUGGCUUAUAAAAAAGCGGACCUGGACAAACGUGCGCGAAGUCGGUGGUGUCGAGGCGGAAGAGGUUUGUUGUUUGAUUUUACACACGUGCACGAGCACGUACACGGUUGUUGUUAUUUUUUUUUUGUUCCCCAAAAGGACAAAAACGUCGGUCAUUUUUUUUAAGAGACACCUGGCGGACUAACAGUCAACUAUAGUUUUGAAUGGAGACGCGGGGAAACGUCGGAGUCUUCUGUUGUUUCAGUCGGAGUUUCAACAGUGACCGUUUAGUCCAAGAAGAAACGACGACGAACGAUCGAAGAUACGGAAACAAAUGACCAGGACUCUAGAGGGCAGUGUUUGAACGACGAGUCUGCAGCAGACCGGACUGGUCCAAACAGAACCAGGAUGGGGAACAGCAGCAGUGACAGGACCAGCGGGGGGCAGCCUGGAGGCAAAGAAGCCCGCUCUAACAUCCUGAUCGACAGCAGUGAGGACGCAGAUCUGUUCCAGAGGGAGGACUCAAAGGCUCUGCAGGAGAUCCAGGAGUUCCUGGCCUGGCAGCAGGACCUGGAGAGCGACAGCAAGAGUCCAACGCAGGCCCGCCCGACCGUCUUCAGAUGGACGGGGGCGCUAAAGAAGCUUUGUGUCUUUGUGUUCCCCACAGGAACCAGUGUCACCCCUGUGUUUACACUCCCUCAGGCCGUGAUGACGUCUAAAACUAGGACCGUCAACAACGUCAUCCAGGUGAGGAGAACGGACUUUGAAGUGUUCGAUGCCCUCAAGGUGGACUCGCAGGACUCGGCUGACCUCUCAGACCUGUCCAGUUCUCCUCCGGGCCCCUACCAACAGGACGGGUACGUGGUCAAAUCGGAGGACAAACUCAAACACCCCCCCAUCCUGCCCCCGCACCUGCUGCAGGUGCUGCUCAACAAGGACACGGGUAUCUCUUGUGACCCCACGCUGCUCCCGGAGCCCAACCACAUAAUGUUGAACCACCUGUACGCCCUGUCCAUCAAGGAUGGCGUGAUAGUUCUCAGCGCGACGCACAGAUACAAGAAGAAGUACGUGACCACGCUGCUGUACAAACCCAUCUGACGCCCCAGUGACCUUUGACCUGUGGAGCUUUCUGAGGAGACAACUGAACCUAAAGUGAAGCUAACGAAUCGUCUUAUUUUUUUGUUUUAAUCUUAAACGUAAUUGAAGCUGUCGUCGUUUUAAAAUUCCCGUAUCUUUCCGUUGCUGCACUCGUACGGUUUAGACCAAUGAGCUGUGAGAAAAUCGUCAGGUGAUCUGUGUAACAAUAUCCAUUUUCACCUAAUUUCAUUUCAUUUGCCGCAAAUGAUUCGUUUUCGCCCGUCUGUGCCCCAGUGACAGGCAGAACAAUUCAAUUCUCUCUUCCACUAGGGGGCAGCAGAAGGCUGUUUAAAAACUUGAAUUUAAAAAUAGAGACUUGGAAGUGGUGUUCCUUUCUUUAAUUUCUGUGAGUAUAUCAGCUCUGUGUUCAACUAAACAGGACUUUGCAAUAAAGAUGAUUUCAAGUGUA